AAAAGUCGAGCGCGAGAUUCGUAACGAAGUGGGAACGGGUCUUCCGGUUAAAUUUCACCUACGACUUGAAACUAUUCAAGCCUGAGAAUCACAGAUAUACUGUACGGCUGGCAAUCCUGCAGUAUGCCUCGUCAAGCUGCCAAGAAAGCGGCACCCAAGAAAAGAGGGCCUAGGGCAUAUAAGCUUCCAGAUCCCAUCCCUCAGGGGGAGGUCCUGAAAGAUCUCAAUAAGAAGGAAUGGAAACUGGGACCGACCAUUGGCCAAGGAGGCUUUGGAGAACUCUAUCUCGCUGAUGAAGCAACAUCCAGUCCGAUUGGCACUAAUGCAAGAUACGUUGUUAAAAUUGAACCCAAAGAUAACGGACCUCUGUAUACAGAGCAGGCGUUCUACCAAAGAGGUGCCAAAGCUGAUUUGAUCGAGGAAUGGAAGAAGAAACAUAAACUGGCCCACCUGGGAGUACCCAAAUACAUCGGGGCCGGGAUUCACACCCGUGGCAAGACGGAGUUCCGUUUCCUGGUCAUGGAGAGAUUUGGAGAGGACGUCUGGAAGAAGUUUUUGGCCUGCAGCAAACGAUUUACUACCAAGACCGCGUUCACCCUGGGCAUACAGAUGUUGGACAGUCUUGAGUACCUGCACAGCACUGGCUAUGCCCACGCUGACAUCAAGAGCGCUAACAUCCUCUUAGGGUAUGGACCCACGGCACAGGACCAGGUCUACUUAGUUGACUACGGCCUUGCCGUCCGUUUCUGUCCCAAUGGAGAGCACCGUGAAUAUAAAGAGGACCCCAGGAAAGCUCACGACGGAACGCCGGAAUUCACCAGCAUUGACGCUCACAAGGGAGUAGUUCCGUCCAGGCGAGGAGACCUGGAGAUCCUCGGUUAUGUCGUCACCCAGUGGCUGGCUGGGUCAUUGCCGUGGGAACACAAGAUAUCAGAAGCAUGCACUGACUUCCACUACAUUACGAAUCAAAAGAAGCAGUACAUGUCAAAUAUUGGCUCCUUGAUGAAGGCUUGCUUUCCAGGAGGAGACCACCCAGUUGAGCUUCUGAAAUACAUGGAGUACGUGAGCAAGCUGAAAUACGAAGAGGUACCAGACUACAAGCUAUUAAAGAAACUUUUUGUGAAUGGAAUUGCAAACUCUGGCUCUAAAGCAAAUGGGAAACUAGACUUUAGACUGCCUUCAGUUUCAGCACGGGACACUAAGCCCCAGGCAAAAAAGCGUAAAGCUGUGGGCGGCUCCAGCGAGUCGCCCAAGAAGGCUGCCAAGGUGGGCAGGGCCAGAAGGCCUGUAGUGUCAACCAGCGAUGACACUGCGUCCGAUCAGGAGCCUGCAGUCAAACCCCCCGUCAAAGGGCAACGACAAAAAGUGCCAAGUGCCACUAAGCCGAAACUGGUCGCAGCAACCCAGAGACCAGUUGCCAAGUCACCGUUGCGGUCACCAAUCAGGUCACCUGUCCAGUCACCUCAGGCAAAGUCACCACUAGGAGUCAAAGCGAACCCAGCUGUCAGGGCAAAACCAGAUUUGGCAAAGAAGUCACCGGGCGCUGGCAGACUCAAAGGCUCAAAGACUACCGGCACCACCACCCCAACUGUUUCUGCCGGCGAGAUAUUCACGAAGAGGAAAAGAAAAACACCUGUGGCAACGGCAACAUCGUCCACUCAGACGUCUCCUGGUGUCAAACAAACACCCAAGAUUAAGAGAAAACGCUGAGAGCCAAGAGACUGCACACCCAGUCAUGUAUGAAAACUGAUAACACAUGGACUAAAAUAGUUUGCACACUGAAGAUUAAUGUAAUCAAUCUUCACUGGGCAAUAUUAUCUUAGUCCACAUGAGAUUUUAACCACCUCUGUUCCAGAGUCAACUUCGUGGACUUGCAAGAUGUGUAAAUUUGAUGAAAAAUAUCGUCUAAGCUGAACACAGGUUUUCAAUCUCAGUGCCAUUUCUAGCAAAAAUAUAGCACAGGUCCAAUCUUUUGGAGAGACGGACCACUCUUUAGAUGUUUCACUUGGCUCAUCCUUCACCUGUAGUACUAAAGUUUUGUUUGCUUCAUACAAAUGUGUCUUUGUGUUUGACAGUUUAACUGUGUUGAGUUUUUGGAGUCUCAGACUGACAUUUUAGAACCCCACAUUUUCCAAACAUACAGUCCCUUUAAACUCUAAAAGAGCGGGGGGGGGCAGAAUCCUAUCAACAUUUUUUCGAUAUCGCCACCGUGCUUUUUUCCACAAGUAUUGUAGGAGAUUUGUCAUAAACUGAGUUACUCAUUGCAGUCACUUUGAUGCUACUUUUUUUGAGCCAUUUUUUCUAAGACAGGCCAAAAUGUAUACUUCUCCAUUGCCGUGCUCAAUGCACGCUGGCGGGCCUGCAUUUGGCCUUGAACGUCAAAUGACCAUAACAACAAACCCCUUGUGUUGAAUUAAUUUAAAACUUUACAUCUAAACUGCUCCAAGGAGUGUCCCCAUAUGCAUGCUUAGUUUUUUCCUAAAAACUGGUCAUGAGACUGCCAAGUUCUGUGAGAUGGUCCAAAAUAACCCGGUUCUUUAGAGUUAAACUACCCAUUCUAUGACCGAUCUUCAUUAUUAGUCACGUCAAGUGCAGGUUGAGUUAUUUUGAAUACUUUAUGGACCAAGAUGUUAGGAGCAGUUUAUAGAUGGCUCAGAUGCUUCAUAUUUUAAAGGAUAGAGGUUCUGCAUGGCAGCCAUUUUGCGGUAAGAGCUCUUAUUCCACAGGAACACAUGAGUAGACCUUUUUGUGCUAUCCGUCCAGAACAAAAGCAGUUACUGGAAAGAUGGCUGCCAUGCAGAACCUCUAUAAUCAAAUGUUGCUUCAAAAUGCAGUACUCCUGUUGGCAUAUGCUCAAACAUUAUUAAGUAUUACAAGCAAAGAUCGUAUAUCGCCGAAGGCGCAAGAUGGAGAACUCUGCCCAAAGGGUGUAAUUACCAUGGGCGCCA